AUGCUGAGGAAUGAGAUCAAUCGGAUGAAAGAACAGCAAGUGCCUCCUAACCCAGAAGAGGUGACACCCAUACUUGAAGAAGAGUCGUUGUUCUUCAGGCCGAGGUCAAUCAGCACCUUCGCCGAGCUCAGCAGAUCGUUCCCAACUCAUUUCAUCUUUGACAAGAAGAGUCGGAAGCCAUCAACUCACUUGCUGACCCUCAAGCAGAGGAGUGGGGAGUCAUUGAAAGAUUACAUCUCCCUGUUCAACGAAGAGGCGCUGCAGGUGGACGACUAUUUAGACAAGAUGACAUUGUCCAUGAUGAUCAGUGGGCUCAAUGAGGGGAAGAGGCGACUUGAUGAUGCACCACAGCAUGCUGACAAAAGAAAAUCGGAUAACAACACUACUCGAGACAGGAGGCCGAGCAGGAAGCCCGAAAGGAAGUUUCACUCUUACACUCCUCUCAACACGUCUCUAGAGCAAAUCCUACUAGACAUUCGAGAUCAAAGAUUGCUACAUUGGCUGAGCUAUAUGAAGACCGAUGCUGGUCAGCGGGACAAAUCUCUUAAGCAUCAGCUUAUUAAAGAAAGUCACUACCCAAAAUGGAUCGCGAAUGUGGUCCUCGUGAAGAAGGCCAAUGGAAAAUGGCAGGUCUGCAUAGAUUACUCGGAUCUGAACAAGGCCUGCCCCAAGGAUAGCUUCCCACUACAUCAGAUCGACCAACUGGUUGAUAGCACGACCGGCCACGAGCGGCUCACCUUCUUGGAUGCUUACUCUGGGUACAAUCAGAUCAGGAUGUAUCCCCCAAACAGGCAGAAGACGACCUUUGUCACAGACAAGGGUCUCUACUGUUACCGGGUCAUGCUAUUUGACAUGAAGAACACUGGGGAAACAUAUCAGAGGCUGGUGAACUAG